CCUAGUCUGCUCCGGACAUAAGCUCUCAGAAACACACUCAGAGACGAGACCAACAGAGACCAACAGAAACGACACAGACAGAGUUGAUUUGAAGAUGCUUUGCCCCAGCAUGAUGCAGCCUUCCCUCAAUCCAAUGAGCCCAAUGAGCCCCUUCAUGGACUUCCACUGGCCCGUUCGCAGUCUCUGGCCAGAGACACGGCCUCUCUUCUUCCAGAUGGAGCAGGAAAUUAUGCGAAAUAUGCAGGAGAUGAGGCACAAUAUGGAAUAUAUGCAACGACUGCACCAAAAGAUUUUUGAAGACAUUGAAGGCCCAUUAUCUUCAACUGACUUCAAGCCCAUCUCUUUCCAGAUGGGAAAAGAAAACAACCGUUUUGCACUGACACUGGACACCAAAGACUUCUCCCCAGAGGAGCUGUCUGUCAAGCAGGUGGGCAGGAAGCUGAGAGUCAGUGGAAAGACAGAGAAGAAGCAGGAUGAUGGAAAGGGCUCCUACUCUUACAGAUGCCAGGAGUUUAAACAGGAGUUUGAUCUGCCUGAAGGUGUGAAUCCUGAGACAGUCACCUGCUCUUUGAACGAUGGACAGCUACAGAUCCAGGCUCCAAAAGUGGUUGCUGUGACAGAAGGCAAUGAGAGAGUGGUUCCUAUCACUUGCUUACCUGCCAUAACCUCACCCGGCGCUGCAGCUGAGAGCACUGCUGUAGAGGCAGAGCCCAAGAAGGACUGAUUAUGAUGACUCUGUAUCAUGAUAUAACUAAUACCAUUAGCUUUAGGGCUGGACAAUAAUAUACAACUCCCAAACUCCCAAUAUACAACUCCAACUCCCAAUAUACAACUCCCAAAUACCAGAUAGUACAGACAUCAGUGAAUUAUCUCGGGUAAAUUGCUCUUUUGUCAAAUUUGAUAAAUGCAACGUCAAUAAUUCUCAAUGGCAUGGAAUGUAAAGCCAAUGUUUAUGCACAUUCAAUAAAUGUUAGUUUUUUUUGUACAAUG